CGAUCACAGACCUUUAUUCUGCUUGUGUACGCGAAGAUUUGGACACUGUCGCUUUUGCACAAUCCCAUUGACACAACCACAGUCUGUGGCGGCGAGAACUCGUUCACUGUCCCCCCAGUGCGCCGCCUCGUAUGCAGCAGCAACGCAUCCCCAGAAGUCGACUCCAAGAGAGAACAGAGUAACAGCAGUGCGGCAGAAGUGGAUCCGAAGCGACGUCAAAUUGACAGUGAAGAAAAGCCAUCUACGAACCUGAUGAUGGCAGUUCCAGCACCAACAGCAGUCAUCCCAGAACCGACUCCACUUGAGUUGGGUGCCAUCUAUUCAAUCAACCAGACGAUCGAUCUUCUCGACUGGGACCUCGUGGACAAGCAGCUCCAAAAGGGAAAGGCGUACUUCUUGCGAGAUGCGACCCUAAUUGAAUGGGAAGCGUAUGUGACGACCGAAGACCAGCAGCUCAAGUCCAAAAACAUGGAAUGGAUCGAUGGGACGCUUUUCAUCGUGGAACUGCCGUCUCGACCCCAUGAAGGAUAUAUCGCCCGACUGAUUAUUGCGGUUAAUGCUGCCACCCACACUGGAUUGCGCUUUUUGGACAUUGCUGGAGCCGCGUACCAGACCAACAUCCGCCGCCUCGAGCCAGAUGUGUGUCUUAUGCCUCGUCGAGUCCUUGGGCAAUCCCCCUACAACGUCCAGCUGCCGCCGGGUGUCAAUUGGAAUGAUUUCCACACUGUCAAGUUCGAAGUGGGUUGGUUCCAAUCGUGGGCGGAACUGGAUUGGAAGGCCAACCAGUGGGCGACUGUUGUGAAUGUGGUGUACAUCGUCUGCAUUCAACUGGACUAUCCGACGUUGGCCCAUUGCUCGUACAAAGUGCACCGCGCCGUACACCAUGGGGUCGCGUUGCCUUCCAUGGUUCCAAUCCCGAUUGCCCCCGACACUGCUGUCGUGCACUUGGAUUCACUCUCUGUUCUACACCUUCCUGCACCCAGUCCGUUGCCUCCGAAUUUCCCACCUCAAUUGGACAUUGACCUAUUGGUCCCACUCGAGGACCUGCGUGCUGAUUUCUAACCACCCGACCCCGACGCUAUCUACUAGUGUGCAUCAGACUGUUGAUUCCUUGGCGUAACGUCAUGCAAAGACAAUCAUAUUUAAGCGAUACUCGUUCAUGU